AUGAGGCAAGAUGAGGCUGAGAAUGAUGACACUGUUAUUACCGGUACCUUCUCUAUUCAUUCUUUGCCUGUCCAUGUUUUAUUUGAUUCUGGAGCUUCACAUUCUUUCAUUUCCCCAUUGUUUGCCAAAAACUUGAACUUGCAACCAUCAUGUGACUUUUCCUCUCUAAGUGUUGCCCUACCUACUGGAGAAACUGUGAGAUGUAGAGUCAUGUAUAGGAAUUGUCCAAUUGUGUUGGGGAAAGUUGAGUUUCUAGUUGACCUUGUAGAAUUUGAGUUAUCUGAGUUUGAUGUGAUUUUGGGGAUGAAUUGGUUGACUAAAUAUGAGGCUGACAUCAAUUGUGUUAAGCAGAGUGUGACCCUUAAAGCACCUGAUGGGCGUAGAAUUUCAUACCAAAAAUUUGUGACAAAACCUCAAAUCCAAAUUGUUUAUGGGUUGAGAGCUCAAAAGAUGCCUGAGUUUGACUGUUGGGUACCUUUGUAG